AUGGAUCUCUACCUGUUGGUAUUACUAUCGAAAAAAGAUCUAGAAUGGGAUAAAUUAAUGGAAGAAUUUGGAUAUCAUUUUAUCCAAGAAUGUCAUAACGAUGUCAAGUAUCAACGUGUAUUACACUCAAUUGGCUUUACCUUAUCCGACUUUUUAAUCAAUUUUGAUUGUUUGCAUGAUCAUUUAAAUUGCUCUAAAAAGUUUACCAAUAUUUUACCACCAUCAUUUAUUUGUAACGUUGAAAAUCCAGACAGUAUCUUGUUAGAAAGUUAUCAUCAACGCCAUGGUUGGUCUUACUUUACCGUUGGUAUCGUGAAAGCUGUUGCCGAAGUCGUUUUCGGCCAACCCGUCAGUAUUGAUGUUUUAGAAGCGACUACUCCCCAUGAAGACUAUAAGUGUCAGUACUAUCGCAUCCAUUAUAAAAAUAAUUCUUUAAGGAGAGCAUCACAAGCUCCAAGUUCAUCAACAUCACCUAAAGAUUUAAAAAUAUUACCUGCUACAUUUUGUAAAGCAUUUCCUUUCCAUUUUAUCAUUAAUCGUGACAUGGUAUUAAUUCAAGUUGGUGCAGGUUUAGUCCGAUUUUUACCUAGUGAAUUACCCGAUAUCGAUAUCUUUUUAGGUAGUACUAUUAGCUAUGAAACACGUUAUUUUUCCGACUGCUUAAAAAUGGUUAGCCCUAAAGUUGAGCCAACAUUCGAUCAUAUUUUAUCCUAUUGCAACUCGCGCUUUACCUUAGAAACAGUUAGCCAAUUGCGCGGUAAAGCGAUCCAACUACGCGGACAAAUGAUUUAUGCCUCGGAAUCGGACUGUAUACUCUAUGUUGGCUCACCAUGUGUUAGUGCAUUAGAAGAAUUAAAAGGUAGAGGCUUAUAUUUAAGUGAUAUACCCGUUCAUGAUGCUACACGCGAUGUUAUUCUUGUUGGUGAACAAGCUAAAGUACAAGAAGAUUUAGUUACGCGAAUGCAAAAAGUAAAAGCCAAGUUAGAGCAAGCCAGUAAAGAGCUACGCCAAGAAAAAACUAAAAAUGUCGAUUUACUGAAUACUAUCUUUCCCAAAGAUAUUGCAAUGAAAUUAUGGAAAAGAAAAUAUCCAUUAGAACAGCUAUGUCGUCGUGUUGAUAAUGUCACCGUUUUAUUUAGUGACAUUGUUGGUUUUACAGCAAUUUGUUCCACAUGUGAGCCCUUUGUCGUGGUAGAAAUGUUAAAUCGGCUAUAUACAAAAUUUGAUGAUCUUAGUGCCAAAUUAAACGUUUACAAGGUGGAAACUAUCGGAGAUGCUUAUGUCGUUGCUGGAGGUCUAGAACAAAAAAGUAAUCGCCAUGCUCAUGAUGUUUGCUACAUGUCCAUUGGUAUGCUUCUUGUUUCACAAACUGAAAAAUCCCAUGAUGGUCAAAUUAUUAAAAUGAGAAUCGGAAUUCAUACUGGCAGUGUUGUGGCCGGUAUUGUUGGAUACAAAAUGCCACGCUACUGCUUAUUUGGUAAUAACGUAAGAUUGGCUAAUAAAAUGGAAGCAUGUAGUCUGGCUGGAAGGAUCAAUGUUAGUCCAACUACAUACAAGCUUGUACAUAGCAGUAAUGAAUUUACCUUCGAAAAGCGAACACCUGAUUGCUUACCGAAAGAUUUCCCAACUCAACCUGGUGAUACUUGCUACUUUUUAAAUGUUGGUAAUCAAAAUAAUAUGUUAGAAGAUCGUCAGUCUUAG